AUGACGGAUCAUGACUCGAAUGAACGGACAGCCACCACCACAACGAGUUCAGAUACAACCAAAAGUCCCGCUACAAGUAUCUCUACAGUUACUACGGCCGCCGCCGCCGCUGCCACUACCCUCGACUCCUCAUCCCACACGCCCGCGGAACUCCAACUCCUCUCCCGCAUAACAAGCCUGGAACGCCAACUGCGCGAGCAGACCGCCCUUCUCGCCCGCCUCCGCACCACCCGCACCACCGCCUCGAGUGCAUCAUCCCCUUCCACGUGUGUCUCGACGGAUGAUACCGUCGCCCAGCCAAGUCCUCCCGUCGCGGCGCCACCAGGAGGCAAUCGGUCUCGCUCUCGGUCUCGAUCCCCUCGUCGCGCCCGGGCCUUCAACCCCGCAGCCUACACGACGCGACACAUCGCGCUCAAGUUCGCGUACCUGGGCUCUCGGUACGGGGGGUUCGAGCACGCCAACGGCAACGUGACACCGCAGCCGACGGUCGAGGAGGUGCUGUGGAAGGCGCUGCGCAAGGGCCGGCUGAUCAGCCCCGAGGUGCGGCCCGGCGCGGACGAGAGCGUCAAUGUGCUCUGGGGAGCCGAGGAGAGGAGGCGGGUGUACGCUCAGGAGGACAGGGGUGGUGGGGCAGGGGACGCAAAGUCGGAACCCAACGAUACCGCGAAACACAGCCCUCCGAGGGUGAGGAGACUCGAGCUCAAUUGGGAUGGCUGCCAGUAUAGCAAAUGCGGGAGGACAGAUAGGGGAGUCAGUGCGUUUGGGCAGGUCGUGGGGAUACGCGUGCGGAGUAAUCGGCCCGUUGAGAAGAAGAAGAGAGGGACGAUGACGACGACGACGAAAGAAGAAGAGGAGGAAGAUGCGGCUCGUGAGCUUGGCGAAAACGGUGGCAAUGGCGAUACAAAUACCGACACCAAUACCGAGGCAGAACCUCUGCCAGAGGAAGGUGACAUGUCCAUGCCUGCUAUAGACAGCGAGGAUCUCGCGACGGAGACGUACAAGAAAGAGUUCGACCCCGUGGCCGACGAACUGCCGUACAUUUCGCUCCUGAAUGCGCUUCUCCCGCCCGACAUCCGCGUGCUGGCGUGGUGUCCAUCCCCGCCUGCAAACUUCGACGCCCGCUUCUCCUGCCGCGAACGCCGGUACAAGUACUUCUUCACGAAUCCGGCGUUCUGUCCCACGCCGGGGCCCUUGGGUUUACUUCGUGGCGGCGAUGGUCGGGCCCGCGCCAGGGAAGGCUGGCUGGACGUGGAGCGCAUGAAGAUCGCGGCCAACAAGCUGGAGGGCGUGCACGAUUUCCGCAACUUUUGCAAAAUCGACGCGAGUAAACAGAUGAGCAGUUGCGUGAGGAGGAUCACGUACUGCGACGUGGUCGAGUGGGAUGGGAGCGGACGGGCGGUGGUGGAGCACGAGGGAUUGAGUCAGCGCGACGGCGGUGUCGUCGACCCCGUGCUUGGAAACGAGACUGGCGGCCUUCUGCAGCAGACGCAAGCGGGAGAGCCGAAAGUGUACGCUUUCUGUGUCCACGGGACGGCAUUCCUGUGGCAUCAAGUGCGCUGCAUGGUCGCGGUACUGUUCUUGGUGGGACAGGGUCUGGAGGAUCCCAGCAUUGUGGACGAGUUGCUCGAUGUGCAGAAACAUCCAGGGCGGCCCAUGUACGAGAUGGCGGACGACGCGCCGCUCGUGCUCUGGGAUUGUAUUUUCCCGGACAAGGACCCCGACGAGCCUGCUGUCGAGGAAAUGGUGGACUCGUUACACUGGUUGUAUGCUGGGGAUGAACGCACUGUCCCUUCCCUUCUCAAGAGUCCUGCCAAGAAUGAUGGCAAAUUCGGCGUUGGUGCCGUCGUCGAUGAACUGUGGACGCAGUGGCGUGAGGCCAAAAUGCAGGAGAUCCUCGCGGGGAGUCUCCUCGACCUGGCCAUUUCUCAGGGUGACCAGAGUCCUUUCCACCGGGGAGUCACUACCAGGGAUGGUUCUUCUCGCAGUGCUGGUGUGAGGAGUCAGAAGGUCUUCGAUGGGAGUGCUCGCGCGAGGCUGCAGGGGCGUUAUGUCCCCGUCAUGAAGAAACCCCGGAUGGAAAGUCUCGAGGUGUUGAACGCGAAGUGGUUGAAAGGUCGGAAUGGGAGACGUGCCCGCGAAGAGACGGACGCUACUGAGGGGGCGUGA